AAUUGCCGAAAGAUGGCGGCGCCUCCAGAUGAGGCUAGCCUGGAGUCUCACAUCAACAAAGCCACCAAUCCACUCAAUAAGGAGACUGACUGGGACAAUAUCAAGGGCUUUUAUGAGCAGCUCAACAAUGAACCAGAGGGUCCUCAGUUUGCAGCCAGACUUCUGGCCCACAAAAUCCAGUCUCCUCAGGAGUGGGAGGCUAUGCAAGCUCUUACAGUUCUUGAAACAUGCAUGAAGAACUGCGGUAAGCGGUUUCACACUGAAGUGGGCAAGUUCCGUUUCCUCAAUGAACUCAUCAAAGUGGUUUCACCUAAGUAUUUGGGCUCCCGAGCACCAGAACCAGUGAAGAAGAAGGUUCUAGAAAUGAUGUACAGCUGGACUGUGAGACUACCAGAGGAGACAAAGAUAGCAGAUGCUUAUCAAAUGCUGAAAAAACAGGGCAUUGUCAAGCAGGAUCCUGUCCUUCCUCAUGACAGUCCCCUCCCACCCCCACCACCCAGAGCCAAAAGUGCCAUCUUUGACGAUGAGGAGAAAUCUAAGACGCUGUCCCGCUUAUUAAACAGCACUCAUCCCGAAGAUUUAAGAGCAGCAAACAAACUCAUUAAGGAAAUGGUUCAAGAGGACCAAAAGCGUGUGGAAAAGGUAUCAAAGCGACUAAACGCCAUCCAGGAGGUAAAGGAGAGCGUCAGUCUGCUGAGCCAGCUGCUGGAGGGCUACAGCAAGGAGAGCUGUUCCCAGAGCAACCAGGAGCUCAUUAAGGAUCUUUACCAGCGCUGUGAAAAGAUGAGGCCCACACUGUUCCGAUUAGCCAGUGACACAGAGGAUAAUGAUGAAGCCCUAGCGGAUAUCUUACAGGCCAAUGACAGCUUGACACAGGUCAUCAACAUGUACAGACAGUUGGUAAAGGGAGAGGAGGUUAACAAAGAUGGUAUAACAACACCUUCACAACCAGGCAGCAGCUCAGCACUUCUAGAUCUGACAGGAAUAAACACAUCAGCCUCUGUAGCAGCGUCCAGCUCAGAGCCCUCCAGCCUCCAAGCCCUGACUCAGAAUAUGGGUAUCAGCCUCCUAGAUGAUGAACUCAUGUCACUGGGACUGAAUGUAGCAGAAAACUUCAACUCUCAGAGCACUUUUCAGUCUUACAAUAGCACAGAAAUAUCUACUCCGUCAGUCCCAGCUGCGGUGUUACUUCCAGCUGUUUCCCAGAAGCAGCAGGCUUCACCAACAGGGGGUCCCACCGCUGCUCCCAAAGCCAUGGAUGAGUUAGACCUGCUGGGAAAGACGUUGUUACAGCAGUCCCUACCUCCAGAGAGCCAGCAAGUCAAAUGGGAUAAGCUCCAGCCCCAGUCUAGAGUCACCUUACGUGAUCUUCAGACUAAGACCAGUUCCAACCCCAGACCCAGUCCUGCUUCAGCUGCUGGGUCCACUUCUAAUGUUGGCGUCCAUUUGGAGCAGACUGAUGCUCUUCUCAACGCUCCUAGCGUCGCAACAUCUGAAAGAGGCUCAUCACCUGCUGCUGAUCCUCAUGAUAGCGCUGUGCUGUCUGACAUCACCGUGCCUCUGGAAACAAUCAAGCCUAGCAGCUUGUUACCAGUGACUGUAUUGGAUAAACACAGCCUACGGGUUUUAUUUACCUUUGCUCGUGACUGUCCACCAUCACGGCCUGACGUGCUGGUGGUGAUCAUCUCCAUGCUGUCCUCAGCUCCUGUUCCCGUCACCAACAUCCGCUUCCAGGCUGCUGUGCCUAAGGUAAUGAAAGUGAAGCUGCAGCCCCCCUCCAGUACUGAACUCCCAGCCUUCAAUCCCAUUCUUCCUCCAGCAGCCAUCACACAGGUUCUGCUGCUGGCUAACCCUCUAAAGGAGAAGGUGCGUUUGCGAUACAAGCUGACAUUCAACAUCGGCGAUGAGUCUCAUGAUGAAUCCGGCGACGUGGACCAGUUUCCCCCUCCGACCACCUGGGGGAACCUUUAGUCCAGAGGAACGACUUCCCUGUCAUCUGAUUUGCUGCUUCCUAUUUCGAUUUUUAGGUUGAAGUUGCCCCCAAAUUGCUGGUGUUGAUAGCAUUUACGUGAUUUCAGACUCUGGUUUGGUAAUCCAGACUGACAAGACCAGUGGAGUUGUGGGAUCCAGCUUCUACCUUGUGCCUUCUUCCACAGACUUUUCUGUCCUAAUUCAAUCAUCUACGUGUCUGGGUUUUGUAGCUCUUCUUUUCCUUCACCUAUCAGUUCAACAAUGUGGUAUAGAAAAAACUGACUGAGUGCAGUUGAGCCUUGUAAAAACUGUGCAUUCAUCUGUUUUUGCAGACUUUAAUAUCACCCGUGUCAUGUGAAUUACAUUUAACAGCUGGUGUUUUAAAAACUACAUACUCAAUUUUGGGACUUAAAAUGCUCCUAUUUUUACUGUUGUCACAAUCGGA